CCAGUUCACUGUCAUCAGCGGUGUUAUUGUUCGCAAGAGUGAUCUACGUCUGCUGGAGAAGCGGGAAACGAGUUGCUCAUUCGAUCCACAAACUGGUUGGAAGUGUGUUUUUUCGUGGUUAUGCAUUUACAAGUACAAAAAGUUACUGUUUUAAGUGUAAAUUUUCCAAGUUUAAAACCAUCAAUUGCGUAGUGAAUUUGUUUCUCUUGAAUACUUACUUGGUGUUGUGUUUGAAAAUGUUUAGUUUGUGAACUUAUUUAUAUGUAGUAUUUAAUUACCUUAAUGUGAUUGGAACGAACGGAACGAAGACAUGUUGGGAAAUGUACCGGUGUUAUAAUAAUGAUUUCAAAAACCAGUUGCCCGAUUCAUAAAUAAAUCAUCCAGUGAUGCCUUUAAGAGGACCUAUGCGAACAGGUCCCACUAGAAAUGGCAGCCCCUGCAAUAACAUGUGGGAAAUGGAGAGACGGUAUUCAGUUCCAGCCCAAGAACAUUCGGUCAUCGGUUCGGAAACGAAAAUGCCCAGACGUAGCCAAAUAUCACACCAUACUGGAACGUUACCCACUAAUUCAGCUCAUUCUGCGAUGACUGCUUCCGCAUCCGAAGAUCUUCAUGCUUGGUCCAUUUACAGGCAAAACUUGAACUCGGAUUUUACCGAUUCUGCAUUAGGAUCGAGUGAAAAAUCACCAUUACCAUAUGGAAAUUUUCAACUUAGGGAAUCAACCGUGCAAUCUAUUCUAAGUCAUCCACGAUACGGUCCAAAGUAUGAAACAAAACCAAAGAUAAACACGUUUCAGCAAUAUACAAAAGAAAGGUCGCCUUUAGGGUCUAAUAUGUACACCUAUUUGAAGUUCGGAUUACCCAGAGUGUUUCCACCGAAUGGCAGCAGACAUAGAGAUGGAUCCAGUGGCUACGAUUCCAGCGACGAUGGCAUGUCGCCUAGGAAUGCUCCGCAUAAAAAAUCUCAAGCUUAUUAUUUAAGAGCCAGAAGCGAUCCGGAUUUUCGUAAUCAUCAGCCUUAUUACGGAUCGACAAUACGACAAUCAGGUGCAAACAUACGAGGAAAAAGUGUCAGCGAGGCUAAUUUGUUAUCAACCGAAGCCAUGACUAGGCAUACCAGAUUGCCAUCGAAAUCAUACCGUAGAAGUAUGCACGACUUGAGAACCAUGUCUGAGUUCGGUUCGCCGCUCGCUCCGCAUUAUCCCCAUCAUCAUCCUCCAUCUAGUCAUUUAGGAAAUGGAAGACCUGCUUCUAUAGCGGCGUUAAGUUCGCGCGGCGGUGUUAGUCAAUCGAUGAUCGAUAUGAGCGGCUUAGCUAGAGGAAAUCACGUACAUUCGAUGAUUGAUGGUCAUGCUCCCAGUAUGAUGGGCACACACUUGUCUCAUAUGGAAACUAUUCCGGCUUCCUUUCAUGUUUCUAGAAAUGACGUUUAUAAUGGACUUUAUCCGCAUUUACAAAUAAGAGGAUUAGAUGUUGAAAUUAAAAAAAAUGAACCAUAUUUACAAGGAAUUUCUUUCGAAGUAAAAGCGGGCGAAUUAUUAGCAGUAAUGUCAACGACAGUGAACGAGGGCAAAGUGCUUCUUGACGCUCUAGCUAGUCGAAGAAAAGCCCAUGUCCAGCAUGUCAUUUUAAACGGUCAAAAUAUUAUUUUAAGCUCCUUGGAAAAACGAUUAACUUACGUCAGACACGAUGCUCAACUUUCACCCGACUUGAACGUUGCUCAAACAUUAACUUUCCACUCGCAUUUGAGACAUCCGCCGAAAACUGCUGUCGGAAAGACGUCUGUUUCAGAUCAAAUUGGAGUAUUAAUUCAAGAGCUCGGGUUAUCUCAAGUUUUGAAUACCAGUGUAUCUGAACUGACUCCUUCGGAGAUUCAAAGACUGAAAAUUGCUUGUUACCUGUUAUCUGACGCGGAUAUUAUUUUAUUAGAUAGACCGACGAGUGGAAUGGAUAUUUUUGAUACGUUUUUCCUAGUGGAAUUUUUAAGACAAUGGGCAAAUGGAGGGUCAUCUGGUCUCGUGGGAAAAAUCAUCAUACUUACUUUGCAACCUCCAACUUAUGAAAUAUUCACUAUGGUGUCCAGAGUAGCAUUAAUAUCUAGCGGCCGAAUGAUGUUUUACGGUAGACGAAGAGACAUGUUACCAUAUUUCGCGUCCGUGGAUUACCCUUGUCCAGCCUAUAAAAACCCAUCAGAUUACUACCUGGAUUUAGUCACUUUGGAUGAAUUGUCAGCGGAAGCCAUGUUGGAAUCUAGCCAACGAAUAGAGCAGUUGGCCGAAGUUUUUAAACAUCGACAGGAACCUCUGAAUGAACCCGGUCCCAUACAACCAUUACCGGGAAAACCUAGAAGCGCGUCGUUUUUAUUCCAAAUUAUUGCCAUAGUUUUGAGACACAUGGUGUAUUCUCAACCAAAAAGUUUUGUUAGAUGGUUGUCGCAUGUCUUAGUAGCUGUAUUUUUAUCGAUGUUUGUGGGGUCAGUUUUUUGGGAUGUCCCUGCUUCGGAUCCUCAGUUAAUUUUAAAUGACAGAAUUGGAUUUCAUUAUACCAUUGCUCAUGUGGCAUCAUUUCCAUUGCUACUUCUUCGAUCAUUAGCUCGAACACAUGGCAGUGACCGUGCAGCAGUAGAAAGUGAUAUAGCAGAUAAAUUGUAUAGUAGCUCAGUUUAUAUAAUUAUUAUGUUAUUAUGUCAGCUACCACCUUCGUUAGUUGUUUGGUUAGUUUAUCUUGUGCCAUCUUACGCAAUGUCUUCCUUGUAUCAACAAGGAGAUGACCCAGAUGCAUUUUAUAUUUAUUUAGGUUACAUGUUAAUUCAUAUGAUAGGAUUACAAUCUAUUUUGACGUUGAUUGGCUACCUCCUACCUAAUAGAUUUUCUUCAACGAUAGCCGGAGUAGUUAUAUUAUUUUUAUUGAAUUUUACCAGUGGUUUAUCUCUACAUUUAAAAGAUCUCUCUCCUUGGAUGAGAGAAUGGUUCGGUAUUGUUUCACCUACUCGUUGGAUUUUACCCAUUUUACUACGUCGAGAAUUUUCAAUUGAAACGUUAAGUAGCCAUUCGUCUCAUUUCGUUUGCAGAAAUAAACAAGUUCAACACCAAGAUAUCAUAGUGCAAUUACCGUGUCCAACUCCGAAUGGUACAGCAGCUCUGCAUUAUUACGGAUUACUACCUCAGGAAGCAUUACCUUUCCAUUUAAGGCAUUUUGGGCCUACUUGGAAUGCUCUGUUUUGUUACGCUGUACCAGCAGUGAUUACGAUAUUUGUAUUUGUUUGUAUUGGUCGAAUUUGUUCAAAGAAAUCGCAAAAGGUACAUUAUUCUUGAAAUAUAAAAGGUUCUAAUAGGUAAAUACUUACUUAUACUUACCUAUUUUACCUGCCUGAUUUCUAUUGUAAUUUAUUAAUUAUUUGUGUGUGUGUGUUUUUUUGAAAUUUAAAUUGUGAUUAUGAUCAUUUUUAUAUAUUGUAUUUAUUGUACGUGUCAUACAGUGUCAUUCGUUGAAGAAUGCACGUGUAGCCUUUGCUCACCGAAAUUGUAUAAAAAAUUACGAAUAUCCAAUUUUUUACUCAUUUUAUUUCAUUUUGCAUUGUUUAAUGUCUUCUUUCAAAAAAAUAAUUUAAAUUAAUUUUGUACAGUACCUUCGUACAUUUGUAAUCUAUUAAACAUUGCCUACAUAGUUUUGGAUUAUGUUCUAAUAUUCCAUCGUGCUUUUUCCAUUUUGUAAUGUUUUUUUAAAACAAAAUAUAUUCCCAUUAUACAUUAUAUUUUUAGAUACGUAUUUUAACUUUUUAUUGUAAUUUGAAAAUUUUUUAUUCAAAUUUGAAAAAAUAUUUUUCAAUUUUUUAGUGUC